CUGUCCCGCCGGGCUCGGUGAUUGGGCGGCGGUCGCUCUGGUGAUGGCUGAAGAGGUGGGUCUGUGGGGGAAGGCGGAACUGCAGAUACCCGGGAGCGCGAGCCAGUGAAUCAGCCGCACGACAACUCGCUGCUCCCGACCGCUGCUAUGUCUCAGGCUGAGUUUGAUAAAGCUGCUGAAGAAGUUAAGCAACUGAAAUCUCAACCAACAGAUGAAGAAAUGCUGUACAUCUACAGUCACUUCAAACAAGCUACAGUUGGAGAUAUAAACACAGCUGCUCUUGAGCCUCAUGCCUACUUUGGUUUUACAACUGCUGUCCUACUAAUGUGUUUCCCCUGUUACUGUAUGAAGUGCCCAUCCAAACAGGAAAACUGGCAGUGCUGUCAAGUGCACAAAGUAAACUGAAGUUUAAAUUGAGUCAUAGUAAACUUGAGUUCUCACCAACAGUAGAUAAUAAACUUAGUAGAGAUGACAAUGUGGAGUUCUGUUAACACUGUUCUGUUAACUUUGUCCAGCUUCUGAACAAAAUAGUGUAGUCUAGAAAGAGCUAAUUCAGGAAGUAUAAUGUCUGAAAUGAGAGACCAUGUUGAUACAGAACCACCACAUCUAGAGCAAUCUCCUGAAAGGACAUGAGAGAUUCCCAACAGUGUGGUUUGUAUCCACUGACUCUUCUGUGGCUAAUAAUAUUGUCUGUUCUAGAGCGCCCUGGCUUUCUUGACUUCAAAGGCAAAGCAAAGUGGGAUGCCUGGAAUGC